GUGGACCCAUCUGUGCAGAGCGCUGGUGCUGGGCGGCAGAGGAAGAGCCACUUUCUCUGAGAACAACAGGGAGGGGUUCGAACUCACGGCUGUGUCUGAAUCCUCAGCAGGAAACUCUUUCUCGCUUCAGCGAUGGCGGAGGCCCACCAGGCGGUGGCGUUCCAGUUCACCAUAACCCCAGAGGGCAUCGACCUCCGGCUGUCCUACCAGGCCCUGAACCAGAUCUACCUGUCAGGAGUCCGAUCCUGGAAGAAGCGAGUCAGUCGCAUCAGGAACAGGGUGAUAAAGGGCGUGUACCCCGCCAGCCCUUCCUCCUGGCUCUUUGUCGUCAUAGCGAUCCUGGCCACCAUGUACAUGCGCUCGGAUCCCAGCAUGGGGCUCAUCGACAAGAUACAGCAACACCUGCCGCUCAGCCUGCACGUGUCGCUCAGUGCUCAGGGGCAGACCAUGCUGUCGGCGCUGGUCUUCAGCACCCUGCUGUGGCUCUCCCUCAUCCUCGCCCUCCGGUUCUGUCUCAAGCUGCUGCUCUCCUACCACCAGUGGAUGUUCGAGCAGCACGGCCGGGUUUCCAACACCACCAAAGUCUGGGUGACGCUGUUGAGGUUGCUAUCGAGCAGGAAGCCUCUGCUGUACAGUUACCAGACGUCUCUACCUCACCUGCCUGUUCCUGCCAUCAGAGACACACUGAACAGGUACCUGGAGUCGGUGCGCCCCCUGCUGACGGACCCAGAGUUCCAGCGGAUGACCGAACUCGGGAACCAGUUCGAGUCCAGUCUGGGAAACCGUCUCCAACGCUACUUGAAGCUUAAAGCUCUGUGGGCCACUAACUAUGUGAGUGACUGGUGGGAGGAGUUCAUCUACCUGAGAAGCAGAGGUCCCAUCAUGGUCAACAGCAACUACUACGGCAUGGACUUUCUGUAUGUGACCCCGACCCCGCUGCAGGCCGCCAGAGCAGGAAACACCAUCACCGCUCUGCUGCUGUACCGCCGCAAAGUCAACCGGGAGGAACUCAAACCGAGUCGUGUUCCAGGCACCGUCAUCCCUCUGUGUGCCGCUCAGUGUGAGAGGAUGUUCAACACAACACGCACUCCAGGAGAAGAGACCGAUGUGCUGCAGCACUGGCAGGACAGCGAGUUCGUGGCGGUUUACCACAAAGGCCGCUUUUUCCGUCUGUGGGUGUACCGCGCGGGACGCCUGCUGUGUCCACGCGAGAUCGAGUUCCAGGUCCAGAGGAUCCUGGACGAAACCUCACCGCCGCAGACUGGCGAGGAGAAACUGGGAGCUCUCACUGCUGGAGACAGGGUCCCUUGGUCUCACAUCAGGAAGCAGCACUUCAGCUCCGGCAUCAACAAGCGCUCGCUGGAUGCCAUCGAGAGGGCGGCGUUCUUCGUAACUCUGGACGACGAAGAGCAAGGCAUGAAGGGGGACGACCCGGUGGGGAACCUGGACCGCUACGCCAAGUCGCUGCUCCACGGGAAAUGUUACGACAGGUGGUUUGAUAAAUCGUUCUCUAUUGUGAUCUACAAGAACGGGAAGAGCGGCCUGAAUGCAGAGCACUCGUGGGCGGACGCUCCCACCGUGGCUCACCUGUGGGAGUACACCCUGGCCACAGACGCCUUCCAGCUGGGCUACACUGAGGACGGCCACUGUAAAGGGGAAGUGGACCGCUCGCUCCCCCACCCGCAGAGGCUCCACUGGGACAUUCCCUCAGAGGUUCAGGAUCAGGUGCACAGAUCCCUCGCUGUGGCUCAAGUGAUCGCAGAUGACGUGGACUGUCACGUGUUCCCCUUCAGAGACUUCGGCAAAGGACGCAUCAAGAAGCUUCGCGUCAGCCCAGAUGCCUUCAUACAGAUCAGCUUACAGCUGGCAUACUACAGGGAUCGCGGGGGUUUCUGUUUGACCUACGAGGCGUCGAUGACCCGUCUGUUCAGGGAGGGCCGCACGGAGACGGUUCGAUCCUGCUCCAACGAAAGCUCUGCCUUUGUGAAAGCUCUGGAAUGUGGAGAGACACAGGAGCAGUGCAGGCAUCUCUUCAAACUGGCUUCAGAGAGGCACCAGAACCUCUAUCGAAUGGCCAUGACUGGAGCUGGAAUUGACCGACACCUCUUCUGUCUGUACGUGGUGUCCAAAUACCUGGGGGUGGAGUCCCCGUUCCUGAAAGAGGUUUUGUCGGAGCCGUGGCGUCUCUCCACCAGUCAGACCCCAGUUCAGCAGAUGGAGCUGUUCGACCUGAAGAACCAUCCUGACUUCGUGUCGCUGGGCGGCGGGUUCGGACCUGUUGCUGAUGACGGUUAUGGCGUUUCUUACAUCAUCGUGGGCGAGGAUAUGAUCAACUUCCACGUGUCGUCCAAGCGCUCCUGCAGUGACACCGACUCCCACAGGUUCGGAGCUCAGAUAAGUAAAGCCCUCCAGGACAUCAUGAUUCUCCUCACUCCCGACGCCAAAACCUCGAAGCCUCAGUCCAAGAAGCUCCUCUGAACACGGCGUCUCACAUGGUGCGCACGUGUUCCCCUGUCGACGAGCGUAGAAACCGUAGAGAGCCCGUUUUUAAUUUAAAAAACCGCCAUAGGACAUGAAUUGAAAGCAUUCUUUUCAUUGAAAGGAGGGAAUUUACUGAUUUAUAAUCAAAGGGAGAAGAGACGAGUUGCUUUUUGUUUCAGGUGAAACACAAACGUAGCUCCAGGCUCUUGUCACUCACACACAUAUUUCUGUUGUUGGAUCUUAUCAGAAACAAUGGAAUGCGGCCUCACCUGAGCAAUAAAUUUAAUUCUUUCACAUUACGGCCAAACUCCUCUCUGUUUAGACACGGCCUCAUAUUCGGCACUAACACAUAGACUUUAGUUUAUUUCUGUAAAAGGGAGUGAAGGUCCGUUUGGGGGAAAUGUUAGGUCGACAAAUCUCCCUCAGAAUAAGUGGAACGAUUCAAGAGUUCCUAAAUCUCAAUAAAAGCGAAGAGGAAACUGUGUUCUUUCAUCGUAAGUGUGAAAUGACGCUUUGCAGCUGAUCCCACUGACAUGUGUCGAAACAGUUCGGGGUCAUGAAGUGUGAGAAUUGUGUUUCGUCGCUGCGAAUCUGAAAAGCUGAAGGAAUGACGUGUGAGACGAUCAGACCUCCAACCAACAAGAACUCCAGAGAAUGUCAGCUUCUCUUUCCCACAUUCCCGCAGCAGGACAUUCUCUGCUCGGAUCACAUGUUUUUGUUUAAACUACAUUGGCACCGGCGAACGCAUGCACACAAAGCAGAUGUCAUCAGAGGAUCUCCUGUUUCUCACAUCAACUUCUGGUUGGUGCUUUGCUGGUUUUCUUUGUGCAUUAGUGUCGCAGGGAAACUGGCAGAAAAUGUAAAGUUCACCCACUGGUUUGGAGCUUUUUAUUCUCAUUCAGAGGUAAAAACCCCAGAUUCUCUGUGUCAGGACAAAGUCCACAUGGAAUGCAGUGGAGACUCUGGCUAGUUUCAGAUGUCUGGUUGUUGGUGUCGGCUGGAAUGCACCCCUGUGGAAAAGCAAAUACAAAAUAAUAGUUCCUCUACUUUCUACGAUUUUGUUUCAUGCAUCAUUCAUCUGGUUCCUCGUUUAAAAUAGUUUUGAAUUUGGUUGCGCCACCUUGGUUUAGAUUUACAAGAUUCACAUUUUGUUGUUUGUCAGGAUCUACUUUGGAUCAGGUGACGACUCGAUGUCAUACUGAAGUUUUAUUUACAGCCCUGUGAAGGAGGGAGGGAAGGAAUAAAUAAAGAAGUGUAAACUACUUUCUUUUUUAACUUCUCAGGUCAGCGGGUGGGUUUAUUGAGGUGUAGAUGUUUUUCUGCUGUUUUUAAGGUUUGGAAACAUGUUCUUACUCUCACAUACUGAACCAGUUAUUUUGAUCUUUCUGGAAACUGCUUUCAAUCAGGCCGAGUUCCACAUCGCUGGGUUUCUUUAGUCCCACAUCUGUUUCCUCGAGCUCCAGUUCGGUUUGUUCAGCUGCCAAGAAAUGUAUCGAAAGCUCAGUUUAUUUCCCAAACUGCUCCUGAUGAGGCCAAUCCAUUUUAUAAUUAACGAUACACAAUAGGAGGAAGUGAAGUCAGUUCUGUUAACGAAAGGAAUAAAAGGCUCCAGACUUAAAGUAAACAGUACUGUGACUGAGGCGACUGCUUUAAAGGCCAAAGGUUUAAAGUGUCAAGUGACACAGUCCUCACACAGCGAUGCACCCGUGUUCAAGAAACCUGAGUGUGCCUGAAGGCAAGUAUUGAUUCAGUUAAACCGUUUCAAUGCAACUUUAAAUUCAAUGCAACUCCUGAAAGGAAAUAUUGUGGAAGUGUCUUCUCUCUCUCUCUCUGUGUGUGUGUGUGUGUGUGUGUGUGUGUGUGUGUGUGUGUGUGUGUGUGUGUGUGUGUGUGUGUGUGUGUGUGUGUGUGUGUGUGUGUGUGUGUGUGUGUGUGUGUGUGUGUGUGUGUGUGUGUGUGUGUGUGUGUGUGUGUGUGUGUGUGAGAGUCAGAUAAUCGCCGUCGUCCGGUUCUCGUGUGCGAUGAUAAAAAUCUGGAAUCACAUUUGGGUCAAACUCAUAUUUUGUGCUUGUGACAUAAUGAUCUUCUAAUAGUCACCUGUUGUGUGUAAAGAAGUUUUUGUAGCUGUACAACUUGUUGGUACAUUUGUAAAGAUGUUUUGUUACUGUAGAAAUAUUUUGUACAUAAAAAAAAAAAACACAGCUAACCCUAAACCUUUGACACAUUCACAUAUUUUUGCACAUCCACAAAAUAUUUCUACAGCUACAAAACGUUCACAUCCACGAAAAAAGGUCUGAAGUUGCACACAAUUUAAAACGUGUAAUCAAUAUAGCGACACAGCUUUUUUACACACACAAAAGGUGAUGUGCAACGUCAACAUUAUUUCACCAGCACAAAGUAUUAGUGACCCUGAUUCCAUAAAAAGCUAAUAACUCAUUUACUGUAACGCAUGGAACCAGUGUGAAUAACCACAACAUGAUUUCUGCUCCUCGCUCGUAAUACGAUUUAGAAAGUUUGGAUAGAAAUCUUCUAGUUUUGUCGAGGUGUCGUUAACCUUCCGUCUUCGUCUGCUCACAUUUUGUAACUGUUCUAAAUUUGUCUUUACCGUUUUGCUGACCUCAGACCACAGUGGCUUCUAUUAGUGUCUCAGGUCGUCUUGUGCCUCGUUCCCCAAACUGUGGAACGCCAGAGUAACACCGAAAUUCACGAUCACGCUGUUUUCCAGCCAAAAGACACUUAUAAUCAUUUUUUACGUUAAAACUCAUCACCCGAUUACCAAUCAGUUCUGUAAUCUGUUUUCCCUUGGUGUCAUUAUUAAGGGCUUCUUAUCAUUUCUUUUAUAAGAAUGUAUUCAUGUAAAUGCGCUGAUGUGACACAGACGUGCUCGAAGUCUCAGUAAUAUCUCUUCAUGCCUCACCCUGCCUGGAAAUCAUGAAACCAGAGAAACCGAUCGUGUGCCUCAGUCCCAUCAAGACGAACUCAUGGAUCUGAUCAAGUGGUGGAACUCUGGCUUUCAGUAGUUGAGACAAUGUGCAUCUCAUCACGAGGCAACAGUUGAGUUCGCAAUUAACUUUUAGGACUAAACUAAUCCUGAAUAUUAGCACUGUCUUUUCUUACCUAUUUGGUUUUGGGAUACUUUUCUCUACUGGUACGUUAUCUACAGUUUUUACUCUAUAGGUUAAUAGUUGUGAUGUUUACUGACUAAACGCUCCAGAAUAUUCUUGUUACUGAUGUUUUUCACUUUGUUUUUUUUUCAUUGUUAAACUUAUUUAAAUGUAAAUUGUGGACUUUGUGCUUUUUAUAGAUUGGGGAUGGCAUGUGAUGUAAAAUAAAAAAAACUUACUGACCCGACA